AUGUACCUGGAAGCAGGUCAAUACUGGCGCUUUCCAAGCUUCUGGAUAAAGCGAUCCACACACCUGGGUCCACAGCCCAGCAGCCGCUCCAAAUCCAGCCAGGAAAAUGGGUCUGGGCGUCCUCAGAGCUCUGCAAGAACCCGGGCACGAAGGGGCAUCGCCGACUUAACACAUUUGCUUCUGGGCAGUUGGAUAAAAGACAGUCAAAUGCAUCAGAUAGGCGCGCGCUCCUCCGUUCGGGCAGCUCUGCACACGCUCACCGCCUCCCUGCGCGCCGCUGCACACAGCGCCCCGCCCGCUGGCCACCGCGCUGGGGCGAGUCCGCAGUUCAGGCGCGAGGCAAGCAGCCGAGGUCCGGGGCUGCGGCCGCGGCCGGGGCGGACCCGGGAGCCAGGCUUCCCAAGGCUGUGCGUCUCGGCAACGGCGGCCUCCUGGCCGCGUGGAACUGAGCCCCGCGCUGCAGCAUGGAGGUGGCGGCGGCGGCGGCGGCGGCGGCGGCGGCGGCGGGCGCGCGGCCGUGAGCUCGGCCCGCGCCGCAGUGACGGGAGCGGCAGUGUCGGCCAGACCCCGAGAGUCUGUGAGACCCCGGCCGGGGCCGGUCAGCUGCUCUCAGCCCUCGGGCCUCCCAGCCAGACUAGUUCCGAACCGAUUUAUCUGACGGGUGCGGAGAGGGCGGGCGAAGCGCCGGGAAAUCCCCAGGCUGAGGAGGCGCGGGGGCGUUGCAGGAAGGGGGAAGGGAAAAGGCAGAAAACCUGGAGGAUGAAAGCGAACUUCCAGGGGCGUCCCCAGCCUCCUGCAAAAGGGCAAUUUGCUGAUCGCCCACUUCCUCUCGGUUGUGGGAUAGAGAGAAUCAUCACUGAGUCAACCUUCGGCUGCUUAGGGAGGUGGGAAAAGGCAUUAGUUAUAAUAACCCGCCGGAAAUUUUGAGAAGGAGAGCUACUGACUUGGGGGUUUCAGUCAUCUGAGGCUGGCUUCCGCUGUCCCCUUAGUUGUGGGUGGUGAUUUGCUUACUAAUCAGAUGGGAGCGGAUUCUGUAAAGAACAUUUAUAUUUGGGAAUCAGCUCAGCAUCAGACAUUACGAAUACUGCAGUUGGUCACAUUUUAGUAUGUCAAGGGCAGAAAGGGAGCCCAACAAUCUUCAUAAUCCAGACCUGGUCUGUAAGGUCACCGGUACAGAAGCAGGGUCUAAAGCAGAAAAGAUGUGCGACUGGAAAGGAGGUUAGACAGGGCCCUGCGGGAAUGGAUCUGCCCGGAGCCCUCGCCUGGUUUUGCUUUAGACUCCGACAAGACUCCCAGUGCUUCUCUCCCCGACCCUAUAUCCCCACUCCGCCCAGCCUGAAAAAGCCAGUAAGCAAAGUUAACUCUUUCUUCUAAAGAACCCUAAGUGAAAUCUUGCUCUUCCUUUCUGCUAAAAUCCUGAAACCCUUUCGCUUCUCAUUGUGGGUUCACCAGCACGUGGUCUUCGGACACUGCGCGCACCUUCGCUCUCAGCUCUGAUCCUAGCUAGCCCAGACACCAGUCUGUACCCCCAAAGGCAAUGGAAGAGUAGGAAGUUGCAAAAAGGAAGCUGGCUAACAAGGGUUUCUUCUGCCGUAUUUGGCAAAGGCCCAUGCCGGUGGCCUCCAUGGAUAGGGAGCUCUUUCGUUUUGUUCCAAAGAGCUUUGCCAGGCUUUACCAUUGCCCUGGAAGUGCACAGGCGCGCGUAUACUCGAGCACAACCUUGGGCUCACCCCAAAGGCGCACAGCUGCACUCACGGGUAAGAAAGACCCACACAGCUAUCUCUGUAGGGGAAGAACCCGAGGAGUGAAGUGCUUUAGGUGGAAACUGCUCACAUCUCCUUUCUUUCCUCUGCUCCCCUUCUCUGCCCCUGGUACUCCCGAUCCAAUCCUGGGCUUAGGAAUCCACUCAAGCCACGUCUGGCUGCUUUGCUUUCCAGAGUAGCGCAGCUCCGGGACUGCACUUCUAGCCCUGCAGCCUCCCUCCAGGACUGCUAGCGGCGCCAGAUCCGGGACUUCGGGGUCUCCGCGGGAGCUUAGGAGGCUCAGGAUUUGAGUUGGAGAGCUGGAGAGCCAAAUUCCGAGCCGCCGGGGGACUGCGCAGUAAGACCACAGAAAUCAACCAAAGGGACACCGCGGACAGAUGUACCAGAGGACACCACUGAAGUCCAGGAGAAUCUUCACCAAAGCCAUCAGUGUUUUCCUUGUAGCUUUCUGUCCCUCGAAGUGGAAAAUUGAGGUUUCUGAGAAGUCCACGGAGAGAACCUGCAGCAAACUGAAGCCACAGACUCCGGAGGCACAGGGAGAAAUAAUGCUUCCAUCCUCCUUUCGCUUUAAACUUGAUCACUUCUGGGACUUCACUGGAGGGCGGUGGAGUUGCACCAGCCUGGAGUACAGGCAGAUCCCAGUGAGCACUUCCAAGUACUUUAGGACGUGGGGGUGACUCCGUUUUCUUCAGGAUUGUCCCACUUGCCAUCCUUUCCAGCCGAGCUGAUAGGAACCAAUGAAAGUCUAGGCGAUAAGGAUUUUCCGUUACCUCAGGGAUCAAAGUGUAAAGUGUUGAAUGAGAAACCCGAAGACCUUGCAUCGCUGGGCUGAAUAACUUUGUUUUCUUUUUUAUAUUGUCCAGACUGAGGUAGGGAGGGGACACACUGAGCUAGCUGUAAGAAGUCAAGGGUUGGGAGAAAACAAAGUUCAAAUACUAUACUGGAAUUUUGUGUGUGUGUUCUCGUUUUAGAAACUGUGGGGGGGGGGUCAGCUUGAGAAAGAUGAAAUCGACGUUUCCUUAAUGCUGGGAGUAAUAAUGCUUAACUUUUCAUUGUUCUUUCAAGCCCUACCAGGCCCAGGAAAACACCUUCUUUCUGUUUCCUGUAGCCUUCCUGUGUAUCAUGCAUUAUAUUUGAAAGUGCCUUUCUCUACUUUCCUCAUUUUAUCUCAAAAAUCUCUGCUACAACCAGAUAACUUUCACUCUCCCGGUUCAGCAUUUGCUCUUUUCCCUCCUACAUAAGCUGAUCAGAAUUUGCAAAGAGAGGGGAAGAGGAAAGCUUCUAUUUUGUUUCAUGAUUGUUGCUAGAAAACGGCAAGACCUCGGGAGAGACACCAGGAUAUUCUUUCCCAAUGGAGGUCAUUUUUCUGAGGGCCAAUGGUGAUAAGUGUUGGUCUGCCUGUUUUCCCGGAAUAAUCCACGAUUUGGGGAAAGAAAGAGUAUUUUGCUAAUUUCAG